ACUCAAAAUGGAAGAGCUAGAUUUGAAUAUGAGCGGGCUGUCCCACAUCUCUAGCAACGGAAACUCAGACUUUUUAGAGGACGACUCAGACUAUUUUAAUAACAAGAAUCCACCCUCAAGUUGUAGCGAAGAAGAGGUCAAAGAUGAGGUCCCUCAAGACCCACCUGAGCUAGAGAAACAAGUCAGAGUUGAAGAUCCUGGGUGUUCUGAGGCUACAGAGAUCCAACAGAAUAAGCAACUUGUAGAUAUGGGUAUCAGACGGAUGGAAUCUGAGAAGAUUAAGGGCAAUGAUCUUGAGACCAACCAAGAGCAGAGCGACUUGGUAAGCCAGAAAGUCAAAAUGCACGAUAAGGCUCAAACUGAAGAUCUGGGAGUCCUCGUACCCCUUUUUGACUGAAUGUUCUGCGUCUCUAAUUCCAAAGUAUUUAUUCAGAAUUUGGUCAAUGAUUCCUUGAAGAGGAGAGGCAAUAAUGUCAGAGUUGGGGAUUAUGAUAUUGACAUGCACUAUUAUAUUUCGUACCUCACAAAAGUCGCAAAUACACAGGAUAUUGAGCAAAAUGAGAUAAUUAAUCUAACAGACACUUUUGAGGAAAAUGAGGAAAGUAAGGAAAACUCAGUUUCAGUACAAGAGUCCUUGAGUCAGAUUUGAAACAAUAUUUCAGAAAAUAAUUUUACUCCAUUAGACAUUGCUAAGAUUAUUGAAAGGAGAAAGGCAACUAAAAAUGCAAUUAAAAGUAAAACCAAUGAAAAAGUUAAUGAAAAUAAGCCAUUUUUGAAGAUUCGUACUGAUAAAGAAUAUCACCAGUGAGAUAAUAGUAUGCAAGAGCUCAGGAUGAACCUUUCUUAUGAGAGCGAAGAGCAUAAUAUAUACUCUCCGAAGUUUUCAUCAUCUCUUAGCUCUGAUGAAAAAUCAUCUAUUAGUAUUGAUCAGCAGGAUGAGAUGAAUGCCAAGAAUGAUCCUCUCUUUGACGCUCAUAGUAUCGAAGAGAUUAAAAUUUAUUCCAAUUAUCCUCAAAAUGUGGAAUCAGAGGCAAACUCUAUUGAGAAAGACUUAUCUCAAGCUCCAGGGAAGGCGGUGGCCCCUCCGAUCAGGUGUGAGUCUCCACACAUCAGAGUAGAUCUGUUCCCGAAGAAGGAAGAGUCUGGGAGCGUGGAUAACACCUAUUACUGAAGCACGACGAUUCCAUCCUUUAACUUUUCAUUCAAAUAUAAGAACCUGAACAGUGAAGGGAUGAGCUUGCUGCAUUCAUCCAGGAGGCAAGAACUUCCCAGCACUCUUCAGGAGAAAACAAGGAGUGAAGAAUUAAGAGACAGUAUGAUGAACCCGAACACGUCGGCUUCUCAGUCAAGGAACAUUUGCAUGUACGAGGGCAAGCUGUUGAUCAAUAACUCAGCCGAAAAUUUCAAAAGGAAAUAGCAAGAUAAACCCCAGAAAACUUGAGUUUCAUCCUGACAAAAUAUCUGAAUAUAGCGCCAAGACAUAUUCCCAGGUUUCAGCGAAUAAGGAGAAGAUUAAUGAGUCUUUGAAGACAGCUAGUAAGAUCUUGAAAAACGAGAAAAUUAUGCGCAAUCUCAAGAAGAGCUCUAAGGCCAAUACUGAUAAAGCCACUGAGAAAUCUAAGGUCAAACUGAAGAAGAUGACUUCCUAUACUUUCAAGUACGGCUCUUCUAAGAAAGCAAGUUAUAAGGCCAUUGCUGAAAGGAACAAGACCAGGGUCAACUCUAUCAUUAAGCAAGGCCAUAAGUAUAAUAAGAGCCAUGGAAACCACAGUAAGAAGCUAACUAAAGAGUCCAAGAUCCUGAGGAAGAACUAUACUAACUAUUUAACCAAGGCUGAUGACUCAAGAGCGAAGAGAAGUCAACGGAUAAGUAAACUAGAGUCUGAUUACCGGUUGAACCUUACUAAGAAGUUAAGCCUGAAUUAUACAAGCACCAAUGGAUCUAAAUUUUCUGAUAACUCAAGUGUAGUUAUACAUUCAGAAACUAGCGCUAUGGUGAAGGCGUCUAUCAUGAGUGACGAGGGUGGAAAAUUCGUAUCAUCGCCUAAGUUUCUCAAAACACCUAAAACUAUGAAAGCACAAACUUCUCGGAUGUGCCCAGCUAUUUUCUCCUACAAUAUAAAUUCCUUGAAGAAAAACUUCAAAAAGGUGAGGAGUAUUAAUAAGAAGACUCAGAAAUAAUUUGGAUAAUAGACUGCAGAAACUUGUCAAGAAGAACAGCACUUUGGCUUCGACUAGUCGGAAGAAGACAUUUUUAAAAUCAAAGUAUUUGCAGAUACAGCUGGAUAGAGAAAAGGCAAAGGUGACUAACAAUCAUGAUUACACUCAGAGAUCCUUUGCAACUAAACCAAAGAAGAAGUAUAGUAAUGCCUCACCGUUAAUAACAUCGUUGAGCUAUAAUGACAGGACUUAUCAGAUGGGCUACAAGAAGAAGUCACUCUGUAAGAGUGUAAACAAGGUCUAUACUAAAAAGACCCGGCUGCAAUCCUCAAAGAGAUCAAACGACACUUCCCAAUGCUCCUAUAAAUAACAUUCCUCACUAAUAUUUAUCAAUAA